UUCCUCGCAGCUACAAAUCGGGAAAGAGAGAAAAAGAGUGAGGAAUUCAGAGAUAAGCAUGGCGAACGUGAAGUUGGCUUUUGGGUUGGUGUUGUUUAUCGUGGUGGCUGGGGCUCUGACCAGCGAGGCUCUGACGUGCGGCCAAGUAGCGUCUGCGCUUGGGCCAUGUCUAACUUACUUGCAAGGCCAAGCUGGUAAUUCUCCGCCGGCAGCAUGCUGCGCCGGUGUCAGGAGCCUUAACAGCGCAGCCCAAACGACGCCGGAUCGAAGAGCCGCUUGCCAGUGUCUGCAGAAUGCGGCCAGGUCUACCAACUUUGAUCAGAACAUUGCUGCUAGUCUUCCAGGCAAGUGCGGCGUCAGCAUUCCCUACAAGAUCAGCACCAGCACCAACUGCAACACAAUCAAGUGAAGAAAUCGAGUAGACAUGAGAAGAGAUUAGAAGAGCAUGCAUGCAUCGUCAUAUAAUAAUAAUAAUAAUAAUAAUAGUGAAAAAAUAAAGGUAGAUGCGACGUCGUUUAUGGAAGUUCAGAGCUGACGAGUCACUCUGGAUUGCUCAUAUAGUUUUCUACUACUUGUAUCACGUAUGACUGGAUGUAUGGAUAUCGUUGAAAUGAGUUUUAGCCUUGUACUCUA